GGGUUGGUUUUGUUCAGUUUCGAUCUCAGCUUGUCUGGCUUUAGCGCGGGUGUUACGCGCGUAGGAAAAUUAUGUGGACAACAGUUUCACCGCGGUGUGUCACAAGCAUUCUGAAGCAUAUUCGAUCUCAGUAUGCUGCAUUACCUAUCUCUCGGCGUACCUUGCAUGUUCUGAGACCCACGCGAAAACUGUGCAUUAGCGGGCUUGUAGCCUGUGGCGUAUGUGCGGGUGCGCUUGCUGGAUACUGUACAGUCCCACGUACUUGCUUAGCAUCCUCAGUAGCACCCAGCAGCGCGAUGUCUUUGGGGAGACCAAUUACCACCCCGGACGGUGUUUCUAACAGCACGAACUUCAAGAUGGAAGUAAUUUCCAUAAAGACACAAGCUGAAGUCGUACACGAACUUCAGCGACUUGAAGGGAGUUCGAAAAAAUUUGUUGUGAAUAGAAGCACGGACUCGGAUAACAGUGGCAGUAUAACCUGCGUUAUCGAGGAUGGUGAAGUAUUCGAGAAGGCUUGCGUCAAUGUCGCAGUUUCGUCGGGCGUUCUGCCUGCUGACGCAGCAAAACGAAUGCGUAUGUCGACACACAAAGAUGGCCCCCUCGAGUACUCGGCCACGAUUAUCACUUCCACCAUUCACCCGCGGAAUCCAAACGCACCUUCGAUACAGUUUUCUUACAGCUACUUCGAAGCAAGCGACUCCUCAGGAGUUGUUCACUGGUGGUUUGAUGGAGGCUGCGAAUUGACGCCUUACAUAUUGCACGAAGAGGACAUCCGUCACUUUCAUCGCACACUGAAGCAAACAUGCGACCGGCACAACGUGUCCUAUUACCGUGCUUUUAAGGAGCAGUGUGACAAACAUUACUUCAUCAAACACAGACAGGAGCACAGGGGUGUUGGGGGUAUAUAUUUUGACCAUCUCAAUGAUGGCUCCCAAAUCAAAUGCUUGGAAUUCGUUUCCGAUUGCCUUCGUGCAGUACUACCGAGCUACGUGCCUAUUGUAGAGAAAAACAAAGACAAGGGCUACUCGUAUUGUGACAGAGAUUUGCAACUGGUUCGGCAAGCACGAUUCGCAGAAUUCACACUGCUAUACGACAGCGAUGAGUACAGUGACCUAAUGUUGCCAUUAAAUGCUCGAUGGCAUUACCAGUCGGAGCACAAAGCAAGUUCAGGAGGAAACGAUAUCUUUGACAUACUUAGAAAUCCAAAAGAUUGGGUUUGAGUGUACAGAACGUACAAAGAGGUGCUUCGAGCCCUCUAUUAGAACAGCAAGACAAAUAUGUAAAUACUUGCAGCAUUUGUAUCUACAGGGUGUUUGCUCUAACGUGUCCAGAAAUUUUAUUUAAAGCGAGCGAUAAAAGAGAAACGAGCGCUACUUUUCAGCUACUUGACUAAGAAACAGGUGCUACUAGUGAUGCAGUACCUGUUUCUUACUCAAGUAGCAGAAAAAUACCACUUGCUUUUCUUUUAUCGCUCGCUUUAAAUACAAUUUCUGUACACGUCAGAGCAAACACCCUGUAUAGGUGUUGAGUGAACGCAGUAGGACAUGAACUGAGCUGGAGUGAGGUGUAAGAGAAUAUAGUAGACAACCUGGGCACAGGUACAGACGUUUAGCGCAUGUUGUGCACAUCACUGUCUCCCUGUACGUGUCCCACAUUCGGAAAUAUUUAUGACUUAUAAACCUAUCUUCUGAAAGGUGGACAAAUGUAAAUAAGCUGUUGUGAUAUUUUGUCCCUCCUUUGCAUGUUUUUUUAGUACAAAAUACUGCAAAUACUGGGAUGUGCUAUGUAUGUUCAGUGUAAAUAAAAUGUACUAUUCCUGGCACAA